GAGUGAGAACACUAGAAAGAAAGGGCUGAAGGAGGAGGAAUAACUUGGGACUGUCAGUUACAUAAGGUAUGUUUAUGGUGCUGAAGAAGUGAGGGAGAAGUAGCAGGAUCCAGAGAGAGAGACAGAGGGAAGAGAGAGAGGCCGAUUGACAGUGAGUGAGCAAAAUAGAGACAGAGACGUGAGUGGAGUUCGAGUUUGACGAUGGCCAGGUGGAGAGUAUGUCUAAGAUCACAGGUGCCCUCUCUGGUGGAAGGUGCCACAGUAAAGGGUACCAGGGCGAGGAGGUGCCACACUGACAGCUUGCCAGCCAUCAGGGAGUCAGUGUACCCCCAGUUCCCCUCCUCGGUGAGACCCUUCAAGGAGCUGCCUGGCCCCUGGAAGAAUGGACUGGCAACCCUGUACAACUUCUGGAAACAGGACGGCAUGAAGAACCUCCACAACAUCAUGGUGAACAACUUCAACAACUUUGGGCCCAUUUACAGAGAGAAAAUCGGCUAUUACGACAGUGUAAACAUCAUCAACCCGGAGGAUGCGGCCAUCUUAUUUAAAGCGGAGGGCCAUUAUCCUCAGAGGCUUCGAGUGGAGCCCUGGGUGGCCUACCGGGAUUACAGGCACCGUGAAUACGGUGUUCUCCUCAAGGAGGGAGAGGACUGGCGGUCCAACAGGGUGGUUCUGAAUAAGGAGGUGAUCGCCCCAAAGGUCCAGGGGAACUUCGUGCCGCUGCUGGAGGAAGUGGGCCAGGACUUUGUGGCCCGUGUCCACAAGAAGAUCGAGAGGAGCGGCCAGAACAAGUGGACUAUAGACCUGCACCAGGAGCUCUUCAAAUACGCACUGGAAUCGGUGGGCUCGGUGCUGUAUGGCGAGCGCUUCGGACUGCUGCAGGACCACAUCGACCCCGAGGCCAAGCGCUUCAUCGACUCCAUCACCACCAUGUUCCAGACCACCACCCCCAUGCUCUACAUCCCCCCCGGCCUGCUCCGACGCCUUGGCUCACGGGUAUGGAGGGACCACAUGGAGGCCUGGGACAUCAUCUUCAACCAGGCGGACCGUUGUAUCCAGAAUAUCUACAGGCAGCUGCGGAGGUCCCGUAAGGAGGAGGCUGGGGAGCAGGACAAGUACCCCGGGGUGCUGGCCCAGCUGCUCAUGCUGGACAAGCUCUCCAUAGAGGACAUCAAGGCCAGCAUCACAGAGCUCAUGGCAGGCGGGGUGGACACGACCUCCACUACCUUGCUGUGGACCCUCUAUGAGCUCUCCCGGAGUCCAGACCUCCAGGAGGAGCUGAGGGCUGAGGUGCUGAGCGCCCGACACAGCUCAGAGGGGGACACCACACUCAUGCUCAAGAGAGUGCCAUUACUGAAGGCAGCCAUCAAGGAGACACUGAGGCUGCACCCUGUGGCAGUGAGUCUGCAGCGGUAUACUACUGAGGACAUAGUCAUGCAGAACUACCACAUACCAGCUGGGACCCUUGUUCAGUUGGGUCUGUACGCCAUGGGCCGGAACCACCGUGUCUUCCCCCACCCUGAGAUGUACAAGCCGUCCCGCUGGCUGCGGUCCGAGACCCACUACUUCCGCAGCCUGGGCUUUGGGUUCGGGCCGCGCCAGUGCCUGGGACGACGCAUCGCAGAGACAGAGAUGCAGCUCUUCCUCAUUCAUAUGCUCGAGAACUUCCGCAUCGAGAGGCCGAACAAAGUGAAGGUAAAGAGCACCUUUGAGCUAAUCCUGGUGCCAGACAAACCCAUAGUGCUGACCUUACGACCUCUCAGUGGCAGUCAGUGACGACACAGCGCCUACACAACAUACACCCUACGACUGGAGACCACACCGGAUAACACAGCACCCUACAACGUUACGCCGAGGAUACAUGCAGUCAAAACGAGCAAAGUGAAGAGAGGCGAAAUUUUGAAACUUUGAAACUUCAAGCCUUUUCUCCAAGGGAGAUACAAAGGGUACAUCUAGCUCAUGUUCAUGAAAUGUCUCCAUAUGUUAUCAACAGAAGCUACAAAUCGAUCAGAGCACUUAUUCCUUCACUCACCUGCUUACUGAACUGGUGCUUCAUUGCCUUAAAUAUCGAUGCCGGCCCAUGGUCAUUUCCUGAUCCUUCCCCAUCUCUCUCCCACUCACUUUGUGUCACCAUCUCAUAUCGUCCAGUCAAAUAAAGGCACUAAA